UUAACUCUCUAAUUCCAUGAACUGUUUAUUUAAACCACGAGCUUACAAACAAGCUAUGCAAAUGCCCGCGGCGUGGCAGUGACAGGAUGUAUUUGAUGAUAUUUUAGGGUUACGCGGGUGGAAAGCUGUGAUAGUUACUGGUUAACCAUACUAUUAUCUUUCGAUCUCCGGGUCGUGCGCAGCUUGAUAUCUGACCCUGUAGAAGGGGUGGCGAUGAUUUGAGUUGCGACAGUUCUAGCUGACUUCACGCGGUGAUACAUCUCAACUUCUUACUCUAGCAAGUCUUCCUUCAAAACAACUGAAGAUGGCACUCUUAAGGAAUCUCACGGCCGCUAUUGGCAACCUUACGGGCCCUAGCACAAACAUCGAGAACACUCCUCUGUCAAUACUGAUAGGAUACAGUUUACUGUACUUGGUGACUUAUAUCGUAGCUGUAUUGGGUAAUAUAAUGGCUCUACUAACAUGCUACAAGAACUACCGCAUCACUACCUCCAUUUUACUUGUUUACAUUGCAAGUUUAGCUAUCGCAGAUCUCUUAUUUACAUUCCUCACAACGUUUGAUUUCGUUUAUUUUUUCACCGAGAACUGGGUCGGAGGAAAUCCUCUGUGCAAGCUGCAAGGAUUCUUAGUAGAGACGUCGUACUCUGCGUCGAUUUUAACCCUCGUCGCGAUAAGCUAUGAACGCUUGCGCAGUGUCGCCGCGAAGGGCUUGGCUCGGAGUCAGAGGAUUGAGCGGAGGACGAUCAUCUGCAAGCUCAUUUGGGUCGUGUCCGCCAUCAUCUGCGCCCCUCUAUUGUACGGUUACUCUGCCGUUCAGCAUCCAUACACCGGGAAAACUCUGUGCGUAAACAGGGUGACAUGGGGGGAUGACGGGAGACAGAUCUACUACGCCAUCCACGCGGUCAUAAUCUACUGCAUCCCGCUUGUAUUCAUGGUCUGGGCGCACUGGAAGAUUUUUAGUUUCUUGAAGAAGCACGCGCACGGGAAGUCCGUUUCCGCUGUUGAGUCGAAACAGCGUAAAGUUACCCAAAUGUUAGCGGUGGUAACUUUGAUCUUUGUCUCGUGCUGGACUCCUUUUAUCUUGGUGCGUGCACUGCGGUACUUCUUCGUGUACGAAGGACUGGAAAUCUGGAAACUCACCCAAUUGAUAAUAAUCAUCAACAGCGCAGUCAACCCCAUACUCUACUGUUUCUACAGCGGUCAGUUCAGAUCUUCUUUCAAGGAUAUGGUGAAAUGCCGCUGGCACCUGACGAUUCGAAGGGGAUCGUCGCGAAGGUCGAGUCGAAAGACGACGAGUCGCUCGCCAAAUAGUUUCCAGUUGGACAGCAUUGAACCUGAGGCUGAAAAUAUGGUAUCAAUCAGCCCUUCCUGGAAGCACCAAGGCCAGGUUAAUAAUGGUAAAAGGUAUUCUGUCAGCGAUGAUAUAUGCGCGUAGCUAAUACCGUAUCUAUUUCAAUGAAUAUUAUAACACCUCCUUGCAUAGUAAGCGGUAGCUCUAUUCUGAUGAUUUGCGACUUUAAUAGCUGCGUAAAGUGCCAGCCUUUGACAACCCGCUGAAUUUACACAGUUUGUUUCCUGCUAGCAGACGCCAGCCCAGCGAAUUACAAAGAAAAGAGGCCUCUGCUAGCAGGAAAUUGGAGAGUUUUUUGUUUUUAAAGCUAUAUAGCUACUGUCUGGGACCCUUUCAUCCAGUACUUGCAUUUUUUACCGGAUUUCAUUUUCCAGGCCAGAAAGGCCAGGCAUGAUAAAGAGUAGUUCAGAUUACGCAAUAGCUGUGUUGAUGAUACUGAUGCUAGGGCUCAAUAGAUUUCAAUGCGGAAUCCUCGUCUGUGAUUAAUGGGGGAUUAGGGAGCUUAUUGAAAAAGUCACGGAAUGACACGUACACUUUUUUAUACGGGAUGGGUCGACAAAGAGCAGAUCGUCUUAAGUCGUACAUACACAGAUAUAAUUAUUUUACACGAAAUGGCUCGACACCCACACUUCUUUUAUGACGUUUCCCGUUUCGUCUCAAUUUGGACUUUGAGAUAAAUCAUGUAUUCUAGACAGACUCUAUAGUGCAGAAGGCCAAUGUCGCGAACAAAGUCACAUACACAGAGUACGACACCAGCUUCAAGAGAGAAAACAAUGAUUUUAUUUAUGGUAAUCAAAAUUUGUUUUUCAAACUCGACAACGGGUCGAUAACCCGUUGGCCUGGCCAAAAGUUUAUUUUGUUAAAAAAGAAUAUCCAAUCUUAGAAAAGCUAGGUUUGCCAAUAUAUAUAUAAUACUUGACUUUAGUAAGGAUGCUGAUCUAGGGUGGAGUGUGCGAUACUGCGGAGACGAAAGGGAGGGAUAGGAGUGAAAGGUUCCAAACGCAACAAUUACAAACACACAAAUAUAUCUAGUCGAUAUCUAAUUUAUUGAUCUAUGCAAAAGAUUGCUUGAUUCGUAUGUUAUCGAGAAAAUAAUUAAAACUAAAGAAUGGAUCAAAUGAGACUGUGUUUGAUGAAGCAUUUAUUAUCAGGCUCAUACAAUUGCUAGUAUAACUGUCUGUAAACAGUUAGAGAAUAAUUUGUACAAUACAAAGUACAUUUGUACUUCUCUAUUGUCGUACUGUAAUUUUGUUACAGAAUAUACAAUUCCUUUUUCAAGGCAAAUAUACUUAAAGAAUAAAUAAUUAUAAAACCAAA